CUUCCUCUUUCUCUUUUGCAAUGGCGGCCGGUACUCUAUACACCUACCCCGAAAACUUCCGGGCAGCAAAAAUUUUGAUCGCUGCCAAAUACAGUGGAGCUAAUGUCAAGGUGGUUUCUGAGCCCCCUGCAUUCAAACUUGGUGAGACCAACAAGUCCGAUGACUUCCUGAAGAAGUUUCCCCUUGGAAAGGUACCAGCAUUUGAGACAAAUGAUGGACAGCCCAUCUUUGAAAGCAAUGCCAUUGCAUAUUAUGUGGCCAAUGAUGCGCUGCGAGGUAACAGUACAUUAGACGCUACAUUGGUGCAGCAAUGGGUGAACUUCGCAGACAGUGAGAUUCUCCCCGCUUCUUGCACCUGGGUCUUCCCCUGUCUUGGCAUCAUGCAGUAUAACAAGCAAAACACAGAGCGUGCUAAGCAGGAUAUCGGUCAUGCUCUCAAUGCCCUCAACUCUACCUUGAAGACCCGCACAUUCUUAGUUGGCGAGAGAAUCUCUCUUGCAGAUAUUGCAUGUGCAACUUCCUUAGUGACACUUUACAAAAUGGUCCUCGACCCAGAAUUCCGCAAGCCAUACCAGAAUGUGAACAGGUGGUUCUUGACUUGUGUUAACCAACCAGAAUUUAAAGCUGUCCUUGGAGAUGUCACUCCUGCCACAACCAUGGCUCAAUUUGAUGCUGCCAAGUUUGCUGAGUUGAACCCCAAGAAGGAUGGUGGAAAGAAAGAAAAGAAGGAGAAGCCAAAACAAGAAAAACAAGAAAAGAAACCAAAGCAAGAAAAGCCCAAGGAAGCCGAGCCCGAGGAACCUCCUAUGGCUAAGGAGCCCAAAGAUCCAUUCGCAGGUCUUCCAGGAAACAUGGACAUGGACUCCUUCAAGAGAUGUUAUUCCAAUGAAGACACUCUAACUAAAGCUAUUCCACUUUUUUGGGACUUGUUUGAAAAAAACAAGGAAGACUACUCUAUCUGGUACUGUGAAUACAUGUUCCCAGAAGAGCUUGAGCUGAUCUUCAUGACCUGUAAUCUUGUAGGAGGGAUGUUCCAAAGGCUUGACAAGUUGCACAAAUAUGCAUUUGGCAGUAUGUGUAUAUUUGGUGAAGAUAGGAAAAACAGUAUCUCUGGUGUGUGGUUCUGGAAGGGACAAGGAUUAGCUUUUGAUUUAUCUGAAAACUUUCAAAUAGACUCUCCAUCCUACAAGUGGACAAAACUAGACCCAGAUUCCGAAGACUGUAAACUGAAAGUAAAGGAAUACUUUUCCUGGGAAGGGGACUUUGCUCACGUUGGCAAGAAAUUCAACCAAGGAAAAAUCUUCAAAUAAACAUUCUCAACAUCAACUUCUGUUUGCAUUAGAUGUGUGACUGUAACAAGCUGCAUAUGUAGCGCAAUUUGGAUGUAUAAUGUAAAAAAAAUUAAAAAUAUAUAAAAAAUACCAUCUAUGGAAGAUGUCUCUUAUUUUGAGGGGAAUAAGAACAGAAUUGCCAAAUAAAGAAUUCGCAAUGAAAAAAUUGCCAAAUAAGGAAUUUGCAAUGACAAACAGCAUUGCCAAAUAAGGAAUUUGCAAUAUGGACAAUAGGGAUAUAUUGAUGGAAUUAUUUAACACCUUGGAAUGUAAGUUAUUCAUAAACAGUCUUGGACCAAUGAUCUUGUCUUGCUAAGUGCCCCAUGUGAAGUCUAGUCAACAUGGACUUGGCACCGAGUUACUGUGCAUUAAUUACUGUACUACUGUGAAACAGUAAUAAAACUUGAUCUGUGCUGCAAAAACAA